AUGACAGAUAUACAAUCUACAAUUAUUUCGCUAAGAGAAUUAAAUACCAAGUUUACAUUCAAGAUUAGCGAACUUAGAAAGAAGUAUGCCGAUCUUGAAUCCAAGAAUACAAAAUUAAAACAAGACAAAGAAGAAGUUGAAACCAAAUUCUUGAAUUUAGAGCAGAGAGAUAGAGAAAAAACUGACCUUAUUGCUAAACUGAAACAUGAUGUUUCGCUAAUUAAAGAACAGAGCUUGCAAAACGGUAAUAGGUACAUCCCUGAACAGAUAGUCCUCUCUCAAAGAGAAAGUAAUAUCAAUAUACCCAACUCUGUUAUAAGCCCUGCUGGUACUAGUUCCAAAUCGUUAGAGAAUAAUAUCCCUAUAUCUAAUAUAUCUGAUAACACAUCUAGCAACGAAGUGACUGUCUCUGGCAAUUCUGAUACAUAUCAGGAUUCAUUAACCCCCAUGUCUUCCAUUUCUGCAAAAACUAUAUCAUUGGAGAAGAAGGAAGAAAAUAAAUUUAUGAAUUUGUGGUAUAAGGAACAGUUUAGUAAAGAGAUAAUGGAGAGAAUUGUGGAAAAGAAACUCCAGGAACAAGAGACAUCCUCAACUUCUGAGAAUAAUAUACCUAACAUUUCACGUGAGCAAGAUUUAAUACAAGAAAUAUCAACAUCUAUCAAGGAACAAGCACAAAGUAUCAUUUCUCCUGAAAUAAAUCAUACGAUCAAAAUUUUAGAGAACAAUGUUCAUCCAAAUUGUGACAAUUCCAGAAUAACACGAGACUCAGAGACCCAAGAUAUUAUCUGUCUAUAUCAAAAUGCGUGUGAUGCAGAAAAAGAUGCAAUCAAAGCUAAUCGAAAAGAAAUUUUGUGUUGGUGUUUCUAUGCUAAAAGAUUCAAAAGAAUGGUUAAAGAUUUUAUGAUCAAUGAUAGAAUUGGUGAGAAAAAAGCAAAGAGACGAGUAUACGAUUUUAUUAUCAAGCAACUCCCUGCCACCAAGCAUAGAAAUUUGUGUAAGCAGACACAAAAGGCUUUAAGAAUUGACAAUUUAUUCGAAAAAAUAGGAAUGCCUGAUAUAGAAUAUAUCGAUAAUCAGGACAAUUCUUUAGAUGAUUUACCCGAAGCUGAGUUAAGUGAGGAAGCCAAAAAAACUUUACCGAGAACUGAGAUAAGUGUAUUGCCUAAGAAAGUAUUACCAGAAAUCGAGAUAUUAGACACAAAAGCCAAUGAUAGUAAACCACAAUCUUUAAUUACUGCUUUAUCUGAUGAUGAGCCAGAAAAUUUCUUCAAUAAUGAUGAUUUCUUCAAUAACAACGAAGAUGAUGGGAAGUUUUGUGAGCAAAGCGCAGAAUCAAAAACUCAUAAAACACUAACUCCUGAAUAUUUGAAAUGGGAAGCUGAAAUUACUGUAGUGCCAGGUAUUUCGAUAGAUGGGAUUCGUUCCAAGUUGUAUAAAUGUUAUGAGAAAGAAACUGGCCUUGAUUCUUGGAUAAACUCUGAAUCUUCACAAAUAAUGACAAAUAUACAACCCAAAAUUGAUUUAUUAGAAUUGGUGUCAGAGCGAUCAUUCGAAGAUAAAGAGAUCAAUGAAUUGGAAAAAUGUAUCCUAAUAGCUCAAGUAUUACUUGGGGAAAAGCUGAUACUCGAGUAUCGUCCUCCCUACUUGAAUGAGUUAGAACUUGAUGCCUUCUUUCAAAAAUACCGAAUUGCAUUAAAAGUACAAAGGAAUCAGCAUCAGUUUCAUAGCACUAGCUGGUAUAAAAAUGUCAAAAAACUUGAGGAUGUUGUAAAUCGUGAUCGGCUAAAAAGAUGCAUAUGUCAAGAUAAUGAGAUUUUUCUCCUUGAAGUAUGGUACGAUAAAAAGCCAGAAAUUGUCAUUCUGGAAAGAAUACAAAAAAUUAAGUUCAUUAAUCAAGCACCCAAAAGCUUCGACCCAUAA